CACUACUUCCGGUAAUAAGAGAAUCAACAUUGCAAUGAUCUAAGGAUUUAUCUAGAUCUAUCAGGGAUUGUUUAGCAUUUCAUACAUAGAAACGGAUAACCGUCCUUUGUAACGAAUAUAUCGGUUGAGAAAACGUUUUACUUUUUAUAAAUACAAACGAUAUAGCUUGUUCUGAGUCAUGGUGAAGGAGACCGGUUACUAUGACACCCUGGGGGUGAAGCCCACAGCCACAGCUGAUGAGAUCAAGAAGGCCUACAGAAAACUGGCACUCAAGUACCACCCCGACAAAAACCCAGAUGAACCAGAAAAAUUUAAGAUGAUCAGCCAGGCCUAUGAAGUUUUGUCGGACCCGAAGAAGCGGGACAUCUACGACCAGGGUGGUGAGGAGGCCAUCAAGGGGGGAGGGUCGGGGGGAGACUUCCACAACCCCUUCGACAUCUUCGACAUGUUCUUUGGGGGAGGUGGAGGCUCAAGGAGGGGAAGGGGGCCAUCCAAGGGGAAAAACGUGGUUCAUCAGCUCCAGGUCAGCUUAGAGGAUCUGUACAAUGGGACCACUCGCAAACUUGCGUUGUCCAAGAACGUUAUCUGUGAUAAAUGUGAAGGUCGUGGGGGUAAGGAGGGAGCUGUAGAGAAAUGUAAACCAUGUAAAGGAGCUGGGGUGCAGAUCCGAGUAGCUCAGAUUGCACCUGGAAUGGUCCAACAGAUGCAGACCAUGUGUUCUGAGUGUUCCGGAAAGGGAGAGACCAUCAACCCCAAGCUCCGGUGUAAGACUUGCCAAGGAAAGAAGGUGAAUCGAGAGCGAAAGAUAUUGGAAGUUCACAUAGAUAAAGGAAUGAAGGAUGGUGAGAACAUUCGAUUCGCUGGGGAGGGAGAUCAGGAGCCCGGGCUGGAGGCCGGUGACAUCAUCAUCAUCCUGGACGAGAAACCCCACGAAGUCUUCAAGCGCCGUGACAUUGACCUUGUGAUGAGCUUGGAACUUGACCUUGUGGAGGCUCUCUGUGGCCUCCAGAGGACGAUCACCACACUGGACAAACGCACGCUGGUCAUCUCUACAAUACCAGGUGAAAUCAUAAAACCUAACGAUAUAAAAUGUGUGAUGAACGAAGGUAUGCCCAUGCACAGAAACCCGUUUGAAAAAGGAAGACUGAUUAUAAAAUUUGAUGUGAAAUUUCCAAAAAAUAUCCAGACUGAGCGAAUUCCGUCUCUGGAGAAAAUUCUGCCCACCAGGAAGGAGCCCAUUAUUCCAGACGGUGCGGAGGAACACGAUUUAGUGGAGUUCAAUCAGGAAGAAUAUCAACAACAGCGCCGGCGGGAGGCAUAUGAGGACGAUGACGAGGACAUGCCUGGAGGUCAAAGAGUUCAGUGUGCAUCUCAUUAAUGAUGAAAAAGGGGGGGGGGGGGGUGGAAUUUUUAAAUGUAAGUAAAAGCAGAAAGAUUUGGAAUAUUUGUUGAACAAAAGAGGCAGAGUGAUUUUUCUAAUUGAAGUCAGUUGAUUUUUUUUUUAUUGUGCUGUAUAUCUUUAAUAAGUGAUUUUCUAUCUUGAAAACAUUGUUCUGUUAACAAUGUAUUAGGCCUUUCAACUGUCGCUAGGGUUUGAUGUAAGGAAUGGUAUUUCUUUACAACAGGUACCAGAUUGUUAUGACUUAAAUCAACUUAAACAAUUCCCAAUGGUUGGAGCAUAACAAUUUGAAUUGGACUGUGUGUGGACUUGGUGUAGAUAUCAAAUGAAUUCCGCCUUAAUAAUAUAUAAAUACUGGUGAAACUUUAAAAGUUAAUAGGGCUAGAUGCCGUGGCCAUUUGUAGGCUAUAGUUACCUCCUUAAGAUGAAGAACUGUGUAUAAAGAUAUAGGAAAAUGCACAAAUUUUAAAGCUAAAAUGUUUGAAUUUUUUUAACACCCCCAACAAAGUUUUUGUUUUUUUUUUGGGGGGGGGGGGGGGAGGUAUAUAGGAAUCACUUUGUCCAUCUGUCUGUCUGUCCAUCCAUCUGUGCAAUCCUGUUCAGUUUAUAUCUUUCUUAUGGAAGAACAUUGGAAGUUCUAACUUCACACAAAUGUUGCUUAUGUGUGUUAUGAUUUUGACCUACUGUCUUUUAAGCAAGUUUAAGGUUACUUGAAGGAAAAGUGCAAAACCAGUGUCCAGCCUAUAUCUUUCUUAUGGAGAAACAUUGGUUCUUACUUCACAAAGACACACAGAGAUUGCUUAUGACCCGACGGUAUGUCAUGAUUUUGUCCUAAAAUCAUUUGGGCAAAUCAAAGGUCAUUGGAAGAAAAAUUUCGUUAUUUGUGUAUGCUUUUUAUCUUUCAUAUACAUGUAGAGAAACAUUGGAAGCUCCUACUUCACACAGAGAUUGCUUACUGCCUGAGGAUAUUUGAUGAACCCAUGAUCAGUUGUGCAAGUUUAAGGUCAUUGUUUAAUGAAAAUACAUAAUUCCUGUUGAGGCCAUAACUUGUAAUGGAAAAAUGAUCAAAAUUUGACACAAAGAUUACUUGUGACCUGUAAAUACGUCCUAACCUUGAGCUUUAGUCAAUUGUGCAAGUUCAAGGACACUGUAAGAAAAACUGUAGAGCUGCUAAUUUUAAAACAGAAAUAAUUGAGUUAUCUUUUCUUAGUGGGUUGGGUUGGGGGGUUUCAUUUGUGAGCUUGCUCACAGUACCUGUAGUGUAAUUUAUUUACUAAAUGUUAGUUUGGCCAAAAGUAUCAUUGUUUUAAGGUAGAUUUGAUGGUUAAUUUGUUGACCAUUAAGUCUCCUUAAAGCAUACCUAAAGAUACAAAAUAAAUUUCACUUGUAUGCAAAGUAACUUUUGAAUUGCCAGAAGUUGUUAAAAAUUAAGAAUUUUAUGCAUGUUUAGUCUAUUUUAAAUUAGCACAUUUUCCCAUAUUAAUGAAAAUUAAUUAAAUUGUUUAAAGGCGUAGUAUAUUUACAUAUAUUCUGUAAUUUUUUUAAAUGUCAAUUUCUUUAGGGCUAACUACAUGUACAUGUAUAUUCGUUUUUAUGGUAUUUUAAAAUUUAAAGAGGCAAGGCAUAAAUGUGGAGGUACAAUGAAUUUGAUCUCUUUUAAAUACAUGUAGAAUAGCUGGUACAGCUGUGUUACCAUUUCAGACAUUGAGGGGAAACAGCUUAAAUCACCUGACUUCAGUUAUUAUACAAAGAUCUUUUAAAUCGCACGUUAUUUUGAGUACGGUAAAUUGCAUGAUGUCCAACGUCAUGAUAUCUCAAAAAAAGGUGUUAAGGGAUGAUGGGAGAAAUUACACCAAGCUCUUAGAAUUGUUUGAAUGGUUCAUGUGAAUACAUGGGAUGAAUUGUCUGGUGCAUGCGUGUACGUUUUGUUUGAUUUUUUGUGUACAUGUAAGUUUGUCUUUUGUAAUGUAAAUGUAUGUUUCUCUGAUUAAAGAUAUAAAACUAUA